CAGCCACCGCUCGCGUUCUCCCCAGGCCCCCGCAGGGGCUGCGGGCACCGCCCCCUGGCCCGCCUGGAGGAGGAGAUCGCGCUGCCCUGCCCAGCCCGGCCCGGCCCAGUGGCCGCUCUCUCCGCCCGCCGCCCCGGACCGGCCUAGACGCAGGGGAGGAGAAAAGGGGGGCCCGGGUCGUCAUGACAGAGCUGAAGGCCAAGGGUCCCCGCGCUGCGCACGUGGAGGGCGGCGCGCUGUCCCCGGCCGCCGGCGCCUCCCCGCUGCCCUUCGCAGCCGGCCCGCCAGCCGCGCCCCUCUCUGUGGACGGGCUGCUCUUCCCACGCGACCCCGACUCCAAGAUCGCUGACCGGUCCGCGCCGUCCAACGUGGACACUGAGUACCCCCGAGCCGAAGUGGCCGGGGGCUCGAGGCACGCCGAGAAGGACAGCGGACUGCUGGACAGCGUCCUGGACACGCUCCUGGCGCCGUCGGGUCGCGGGCACAGUCACCCCACCCCUCCCGCCUCCGAGGCCGCCAGCCCCUGGUACCUCUUCGGCCCCGAGCUGCCCGAAGACCCCCGAGGAGCCCCUGCCAGCCGGGGGCCGCUGCCCUCGCUCAUGAGUCGGCCAGAAGCCAAGGGGGGCGAGUGUCCCGGGGCCGCCCAGAAAGCGCUGCCCAGAGGUCUAUCGCCGUCCAGGCAGCUGCUGCCCGCGCUCUCGGGGACGCCCCACUGGCCCCGGCCCGUCCUGCAGCCGUCUCCACAGCCCGCCGUGGUGGACGUGGAGGACGACGACGAUGACGACGACGACGAUGAAGAGGAUUCGGAAGCCGAGGCCGGGGGCGCCGCAGCUGGGCAGCUGCCGCAGGGCAAAGCGCGGGCUUUGGGGGACCCGCUGGCCGUGUCCGGCACCGCGGGCGCGGGGGGCGUUGCGCUGGUCCCCAGGGAGGACCCGCGCUUCGCUGCGCCGCGUACGGCCCUGGCGGAGGCCGAGGCGCCCGGCCGCUCCCCGCUGGGCACAGCCGUGGUGGACUUCAUCCACGUGCCCAUCCUGCCGCUGAAGCCGGCCAUCCUGACGGCGCGCACGCGGCAGCUGCUGGAGACCGAUGGACCCGACGGCGCCGGCCCCGCGGCGCGCGCCUCGCCCGGCGACCUCCCCGCCUGUGCCUACGCGCCCACUGCCAAUGCAGCCGAGCCCCGCGACGACGACGCCGCCUUUGCGCUCUACGGCGACCCGCACCCAGCCGCGCUGAAGAUCAAGGAGGAGGAGGAGGGCUGUGAGGCGGCCGCUCGACCCCAGCGCCCCUUCCCGCCCGCGCCCGCCGCCGUCUACACUGACCUGGCGCUGGCGCCGCCACUGCCCCCGCGCGCACCCUCGGCCCGGCCGGGGGAGCUGGCAGCGGGUCCCUCGCCGUCGGGCUCGGCGCUGGAGUGUCUCCUGUACAAGGCCGAGGACGCGCCGCCUACGCCGCCCGCGCCGCCACCCCCCUGCAAGGCACCGGUCGGGGGCGGCUGCCUGCUGCCCCGCGACGCCUUGUCCACCCCCGCGGCCGCGGGCCCCGCGCUCUACCAGCCGCUCGGACUCAACGGACUGCCGCCGCUCGGCUACCAGGCCGCCGUGCUCAAGGACGCGCUGCCGCAGGUCUACCCGCCCUAUCUCAACUACCUGAGACCGGAUGCAGAAGCCAGUCCGAAUCCCCAGUAUGGCUUCGAGUCGUUGCCCCAGAAGAUCUGUCUGAUCUGUGGGGACGAGGCGUCCGGCUGUCACUAUGGCGUGCUGACGUGCGGGAGCUGCAAGGUCUUCUUCAAAAGAGCCAUGGAAGGGCAGCAUAAUUACUUAUGCGCUGGAAGAAACGAUUGUAUCGUGGAUAAAAUACGCAGGAAAAACUGCCCUGCAUGUCGUCUCAGAAAGUGCUGCCAGGCUGGCAUGGUCCUCGGAGGUCGAAAGUUUAAAAAGUUCAACAAAGUCCGGGUCAUGAGAGCACUGGACGCGGUGUCCCUCCAGCAGCAGGUGGGCCUUCCCGGCGAGGGCCAGGCCCUGGCCCAGAGAAUGAGCUUCUCACCAUCUCAAGACAUCCAGCUCAUCCCCUCCCUCAUAAGCCUGCUGAUGAGCAUUGAGCCUGAGGUCGUCUAUGCCGGUCACGACAACUCCAAGCCUGACACCUCCAGCUCCCUGCUGACCAGUCUCAACCAGCUGGGUGAGAGGCAGCUUCUGUCCGUCGUCAAGUGGUCAAAAUCCCUACCAGGUUUUCGAAACUUACACAUUGAUGACCAGAUCACACUAAUCCAGUAUUCAUGGAUGAGCUUAAUGGUGUUUGGGCUUGGAUGGAGAUCCUACAAACAUGUGAGCGGGAAGAUGUUGUACUUUGCACCAGAUCUGAUACUAAAUGAACAACGUAUGAAGGAAUCAUCAUUCUAUUCCUUAUGCCUCACCAUGUGGCAGAUCCCACAGGAGUUUGUGAAGCUGCAGGUCAGCCAUGAAGAGUUCCUCUGCAUGAAAGUCCUGCUGCUGCUUAAUACAAUUCCUUUGGAAGGUCUACGAAGUCAGAAUCAGUUUGAAGAGAUGAGAUCGAGUUACAUCAGAGAGCUUAUCAAGGCCAUUGGUCUGAGACAAAAAGGAGUCGUCUCUAGCUCACAGCGUUUCUAUCAACUUACAAAGCUCCUGGAUAGCUUGCAUGAUCUUGUGAAACAACUUCAUCUGUACUGCUUGAAUACAUUUAUCCAGUCCCGGUCACUAAGUGUUGAAUUUCCAGAAAUGAUGUCAGAAGUUAUUGCUGCACAGUUACCCAAGAUUUUGGCAGGAAUGGUGAAACCGCUUCUCUUUCAUAAAAAGUGAAUGCCAUUUUUGUCUUCAAGUACAUUUAGAACAUCAUACUGUGUAAAUUUUAGAGAAAAUUGUGAGAUUUUAUUUCCCUUCAUAAAGUAAAAUUAGAUUUUUUGUAGUGUUUGUAUACCCAUAUUUUUCUUUAAGUGUUUACAAGUUUGAAAAAAGUACUAAA